UCUAGGAAACCCAAAAAAGACAAAUGCUUCGAAAUUCGAAAUGGUUCAUCAGAUUCGCUCUCACGAUCACACUUACGGAAAGCGAGUCAAAACCCGAAUAAGAGAAUAGCAAAAGCUUUGAUCUUUGAUUAAGGGUUUUUGUCAAUCUGUCAUAUGGGUAUUGCUUUACACGACGUGGGUUUUGUAUAUUCAAAGAAAAGAUCGAAGCUUUAAGACUUCACGAGGAAAAGCGAUAUAACAAUUGGAAUAGAAGAAGAAAUUACAGCAGAAGAAGGAGGGGAGAAGUGAGAUGGAGAAGAAGAAGCUACAGCGGAGGAAGGAGAGGAGAGAGAGCAAGAACCGUCUCUUGGUUCCCCUUAAUAUAAUUAAGGUACGUCUAAUAUGUAUUUUUGAUUUUGUUUUAAAUCAAAAUUAACUUAAGAGACCACAGAGAGCUUGGGAAAAUGAUGCUCUAAGUUUUCAAUCUAAGUUUCUAGAAGGAAUGAAAUCAAUAAUUUGGUAAAUAGUGAAUAUUUAAGUUCUUCAUAGCGAACAUAAAUCGGCCAAAAAGAAAAACUGCUUCAAAAAUAAUGGAUCUUGACAACCAGCGAAAAACAAAGUAGAAGAAAGAAGAACAUUGAUAUUUUGAGAUAAUGUAUAAAAUGUUGUGUAAUCUCUUAUUGAAUGAAGUGAAGAAAGUAGGCCAAAAUUUUACUCCUUUAUAUAAAAAGCCCAUUAAAAGGAGAACUGAAAGCCUAUUAGAAACUUAACUUCCGUUCCAACAAAUUCGAAUUUUCAUUUGUUUUCUGCUUCUUUCAUUUCAAUUCUCCCACACUCUAGUUUCGCCUCCGCUUGGUCGCUGUUUCGUUUAUGAAGCGAGUAUCAGCCAUUAAUGCUGCUUCUCUACUCAAACGAGAUUUCUCUAACCACCGCUUCUUCUCAUCCUCCUCCUCCUCCUCUUCUUCUUCGUUGCAGCUAAUCCCGCGAUGUGAUGAUCCACCUAAACCAAUCACCCUCAACCCGCUUUACAAUCUACUUCCCAAUACCCUAAACCCUAACCGAAUCGUCGACGUCAUCUGCUCCUCUCUCAAUCAACACGAUUCCCUCUCAUCCAACCUCCGCAACUCAGUCAAAUCCCUGAUUCCUCACCUGGGCCACCGUGAAAUCUCUAGGGUUUUGCUUAGGUUCCAAUCAGACGCCACUCGAGCUCUCGCGUUCUUCAAUUGGGUCAAAUCCGAUUUGGGCAAGACCCCGAACGUCGGUAACUACUGUUUGCUUCUUCACGUUCUCGCUUGGUCAAAGAAGUUCCCUUUAGCUAUGCAAUUUCUCUGUGAACUGAUUGAGUCAGUAGCCAAUGAAGAAGAAGAAGAAGAUGUGUUUAGUGUUUUGGUCUCUGCUACGGAUGAAUGCAAUUGGGAUCCCGUUGUUUUCGAUAUGCUCGUCAAGGCUUAUCUGAAGUUAGGUUUGGUAGAAGAAGGCUUCUCUGCUUUUCGAAAGGUGAUUGCUUUCGGUUUCCUUGUUAGCGUUGUCACUUGUAACCAUCUCUUGAACGGUUUGCUGAAGCUGGACCUAGCGGAUGACUGUUGGCAAGUGUAUAGCGUGAUGUGUAGAGUAGGAAUCCAUCCCAACGCUCACACGUUCAACAUUCUCACCAAUGCGUUCUGCAAAGGUUCCAGUUUUAACCAAGUUAACGACUUUCUGGAGAAGAUGGAAGAGGAAGAAGGGUUUGAGCCUGAUUUAGUCACUUAUAACACGUUGGUGAGUAGUUAUUGUAGGAGAGGGAGGUUGAAAGAAGCGUUUUAUCUUUACAAGAUCAUGUAUAGGCGUCGUGUGGUGCCGGAUUUGGUUACCUACACGUCGCUUAUCAAAGGUCUUUGUAAAGAAGGGAGAGUCAGAGAAGCUCAUCAGACGUUCCACAGGAUGGUAGACAGAGGGAUUAAGCCUGAUUGUGUCGCCUACAACACUCUUGUAUAUGCUUAUUGCAAAGAAGGGAUGAUGGAGCAGGCGAAGAGGCUGUUGCACGAAAUGCUUGGGAAUAUCGUUGUUCCGGAUACGUUCACUUGUAAGAUUAUAGUUGAAGGGUUUGUGAGAGAAGGACGGUUACUCGCUGCUGUGAACUUUUUUGUCGAGCUUACAAGGUUGAGAGUUAGAAUCCCGUUUGAAGUUUGCAGCUUUCUGAUAGAGAGUUUGUGCCGGGAAGGGAAACCGUUUGCAGCAAAGCAUCUUUUAGAACGAAUCACCGAGGAGGAAGGUCACAAGGCGACACCAGAGACUUACAACAGCUUAAUUGAGUCUUUCUCUCGUUGUGAUGCGAUCGAUGAGGCGUUGCUUCUGAAAGAGAAACUCACAAGUCAGAACCAAGUGUUAGAUGUUAAUUCUUACCGAGCUCUUAUUGGCUGCUUGUGUAGGAUUGGUAGGAACCGUGAAGCUGAGUCUUUGAUGGUGGAAAUGGUUGAUUCUGAUGUCAAGCCGGAUUGUUUUAUAUGCGGGGCUUUGGUUACUGGAUACUGCAUGGAGUUGGAUUUCGCUAAAGCUGAGAGUUUAUUGGCUUUCUUUGCUAUGGAGUUUAGAAUCUUUGACAUAGAGAGUUACAAUUUGCUUGUUAAAGCGGUUUGUGAAACGAGAAGUGGGUAUAAGAAGGUGUUAGAGCUUCAGGAACGAAUGCAGAGAGUUGGGUUUGUUCCGAACACUUUGAGUUGUAAGUAUAUGAUCCAAGGUUUGAGCCAACUAGACGGUUUGAUGUAAGAAAUUUAAACCGGUAAUUUUUGUAAUACAUGUAUCGAAGUUUCUAUAGAUUAGAAUGAGUUUUAUUAUGCC